AUGACUAAAGAAAACCAGACUCUGCCUGAAUUCCUCCUUUUGGGAUUUUCUGACCUCAAGUCCCUGCAGAGGCCACUCUUCUGGUUGGUGCUUCUGGUCUACCUAACCACGUUGCUGGGGAACUCUCUGAUUGUCCUCCUCACAAAGACCUGCCCAGCCCUGCACACCCCCAUGUAUUUCUUUCUACGCCACCUCUCUUUAGUCGAACUCCUCUACACCACUGACAUCGUGCCCAGGACCUUGGCAGGCUUGGUUUCUCCAUACCCCCAGCCCAUCUCCUUCCAGGGCUGUGUGGCCCAGAUGUACAUAUUCAUCGUCCUGGGCAUCUCUGAGUGCUGCCUGCUUACAGCCAUGGCCUAUGACCGCUAUGCCGCCAUCUGCCGCCCAUUACACUACUCCACCCUCAUGAACUGGAAGGCCUGUGCAGUCAUGGUGGGAACCUCCUGGCUCAUGGGCAUCAUCACGGCCACUACCCAUUCUUCUCUCAUCUUCACAUUGCCUUUCCCCAGCCACCCCAUCGUCCCCCACUUCCUCUGCGACAUCCUUCCCGUCCUUCGGCUGGCAAGUGCCGGCAAGCACAGAAGCGAAAUUUCUGUGAUGACUGCCACAGUUGUCUUCAUCAUGAUUCCCUUUUCCCUCAUAGUUACUUCUUAUGCCCGCAUCCUCAGUGCCAUCCUAGCCAUGGCCUCCACACAGAGCCGCCGCAAAGUCUUCUCUACCUGUUCCUCCCACCUUCUUGUGGUUGGCCUCUUCUUUGGCACUGCCAGCAUCACCUACAUCAGGCCCAGGGCAGGCUCCUCUGUCACCACAGAUCGCAUCCUCAGCCUUUUCUACACAGUCGUCACCCCCAUGCUCAACCCCAUCAUUUACACACUCCGAAACAAGGAGGUCACAGGGGCUCUAAGGCACAUUAUGAUCAAACAGGUACCCUCACCCUGA